GAAGGCUGGCUCGGUUGCGUGGCGGGACUCAUUCGGGCCCGGGCUGUGGAGGCGGCGGCGGGAGAAGGAAGAUGGCGCUGACUCAGGGGACCAAGCGGAAAGUCUGCUACUAUUAUGACGGGGACAUUGGAAACUACUAUUACGGCCAAGGCCACCCCAUGAAGCCCCACAGGAUUAGGAUGACCCACAACCUCCUCCUGAACUACGGCCUUUAUAGGAAAAUGGAGAUCUAUAGACCCUACAAAGCCAGUGCUGAAGAAAUGACCAAAUACCACAGCGACGACUACAUCAAAUUCCUGCGCUCAAUUCGCCCAGACAAUAUGUCCGAAUACAGCAAGCAGAUGCAGCGAUUCAACGUCGGAGAGGAUUGUCCUGUCUUUGACGGCUUGUUUGAGUUUUGUCAGCUUUCUACAGGAGGCUCAGUUGCCAGUGCAGUGAAACUGAACAAACAGCAGACGGACAUUGCGGUCAACUGGGCAGGAGGCUUGCAUCACGCCAAGAAAUCGGAGGCCUCGGGCUUCUGCUACGUCAACGACAUUGUCUUGGCCAUCUUGGAGUUGCUCAAGUACCACCAGAGAGUGCUGUAUGUGGACAUUGACAUCCACCACGGUGACGGUGUGGAGGAGGCGUUCUACACCACAGACCGCGUGAUGACAGCGUCCUUCCAUAAAUACGGCGAAUACUUCCCUGGAACAGGGGACCUGCGGGACAUUGGUGCAGGCAAAGGGAAGUACUAUGCCGUCAAUUACCCUCUCAGGGACGGGAUUGAUGAUGAGUCCUACGAAGCCAUCUUCAAGCCGGUGAUGUCCAAAGUCAUGGAGACGUUCCAGCCGAGCGCAGUGGUCUUGCAGUGUGGUUCCGACUCCUUGUCGGGGGAUAGAUUGGGCUGCUUCAAUCUGACCAUUAAAGGUCAUGCCAAGUGUGUAGAGUUCAUAAAAAGCUUUAACCUGCCGAUGCUGAUGCUGGGAGGUGGCGGCUACACCAUCCGCAAUGUGGCCCGGUGCUGGACGUACGAGACCGCCGUGGCCCUGAACACGGAGAUCCCAAAUGAGCUUCCUUACAACGAUUACUUUGAAUACUUUGGCCCAGACUUCAAACUCCACAUCAGCCCUUCCAACAUGACAAAUCAAAACACCAACGAGUAUCUGGAGAAAAUUAAGCAGCGUCUCUUUGAGAACCUGAGGAUGCUUCCUCACGCUCCGGGGGUCCAGAUGCAACCCAUUCCAGAAGAUGCUGUGCCAGAAGAUAGUGCGGAUGAAGAGGAAGAAGAUCCCGACAAGCGGAUUUCCAUCCGCUCCUCGGAUAAGAGGAUUGCGUGUGAUGAAGAAUUCUCUGAUUCCGAGGACGAGGGCGAAGGCGGGCGCAAGAAUGUGGCCAACUUCAAGAAGGCCAAGCGUGCAAAGACUGAGGAGGAAGAGAAAGAGGAGGAGAAGAAAGAAGUCAAGGAAGAAGAUAAAGCAAAAGAAGAAACAGUGGAGCCCAAAGGCAGCAGCAUCAAGGAGGAGACAAAGUCAACCUAGAAGGCCACCCUUUGGCCACCCAACCCUCCCCGAACGUUGACUUCGCUCUCUCUGCCUCCCUUCCUCAUGUCCUGAGAGUUCUAUUUUGUACUUUUCUGUAAAUAUUUCUAUAUAAAUAUAUUGGAGGCAGUGGGACCAGGCGGGAUCCCUCUGGGACGGUUCGGAGGGACGUCCUUCCAGCGGCCAUUGCUUUUUUUUAAAAAAAAGAAAAAAGUUAUUUUAAACCGUCUCCUUUUCCCUUCCUCUUCUUUUCCAAGGACUCCCGUUCCCUCAGGACACUCUCUAUGGGGCUUUUGCCUGCUUUUUCCUUAGUCUUCCUGAGGUAUGGAUACAGCCAUAAAACUUUGGGGAAAAUAUGUGGGUUUUUAGGGUUUUGGGGGGAGGGGGAGAAUAGAAUUGAAAGUUGUGCACCUAUGAGAGGAUUCACCUUGUUUACAAUUAGUCGGCCUCCUAAAAUGCAGCCGACUAAUAGCACGAUCAACGUUUUCGGAUCCGCACUAUGCAGUUACAGCAUUUGGGCACCACUUCCUAACUUGCACAGAAAUCCUACAAUUUGAUCUAACUUGAGAGGCGCAGAUUUCUUUGUUGGAGAGUACUAAUAUCACAAAACCCUGGAUCUUAUAGACAGUUAAAGUGGGAUGAAAGUGCCACAGCUGUGCAGUUUGAACAAGAUUGAGUGCUCAUCAAUGUGAAAUCUGUCCACAGUUGCAUCCAGAGCUUCCCAAACACUGGGGUUUUGGAGUUCAAUCCCCAGAAUCCUCAAUCACUGGACAAAGCAAUAGAGGCUGCUGGGAGUUAAAGUCCAAAAAGCUAUAGAACUAGAGUUGGGAAACAAUGAUUCCCAGAUUGUGGACUUCAACCCCCAGAAGCCUCAGCGAGUAACCAUAGGGGACAUUAUGGGGGGUGGGAGACCCAGUAUAGCCAUGUCUUUUUUUGGGAGUGGGGAUGGUGGGUUUUGGGGGUAAAAAGGCCUUUUAUUUUUGUAAUUCUCUCAGUCUUUGCCGUUUUCUAUUCUCUCCAAUGCAAGUUCCAGAUGGUUCUUCCUUGUUCCCUUUGAUACUAGUCUUGGUGAUGGAUCAUUGCAUUUGUGUGGUUUUUGGGGGGGGGGUGGGGAGAUAUAUAUAUUGUGGUGUUUGUUUUUUUAAAAAAUGCAACAAAAAGAUGGACUUUUAUUUUUGUUGGUUUUUUUGGAAAGGAAAAUCUUUGUAAUAAAAUGGGUCUGUUUCUCGGU